GUGACAGGGCUGUCAUCAGUGUAGAAGAGGAGCCUAACAGCGAGCUAAUGAAUGCAGACAUAUGUAUCCAUGCAUGGCCCUGUUCCUAUUACUUAGACACUGAGAAACGAUGGGUCUCUGGGAGACUCUCACUGACUCCUAUUGCGGUCAGGUUUACAGCUGACAAGACCAGAGAGCUUCUGGUCAGCUUACAUCUUUCCAGCAUCAGUGAGAUCAAGAAGGAGUCCUCCAGUUUAAUAUUCAGCUCCCUCACAAUUCUGGAGAAGACCACCAAGCACUGGUUCAGUUCCCUCCAGCCCAAUAGAAACGUGGUCUUCAACAUCCUCGAGCACUUCUGGAGGGAGCAGCUGCUGUCGUGCCCAGGGGCUGGCGCUCAGGCAGAUUCUCUGCAAAUGACGAAAGGGAAAGAACUGACUGGUUUACUGGCUGCAUCCCAGAAGCGUAUGGAGGAUACAACAAAGGUGCUCCACUAUCAGGGUGAACAGUUUGAUAACAUCAUGAAAGGACUGAACAAGAUUGACUCUGAAAUGGAUGUAGCAGACAGGUUGUUGACGGAACUUGAAUCGCCUUCUUGGUGGCCAUUCCGUGGCAAACUCUGGAAAGGGCCAUUGGAAGCAAAGCCGAAGGAAGAAGCCACGAUUUCAGGGUCAAAGAACCAGGAAGGAGUAAUAAUCAAAAUUCCAGUGAUCAUCACCCAUGGAACGAAUUCUAAUGUCAUGCCAGGAAAAUUCACACUUUUGGUUUCUGGCCUGGAAAUCAGUGACUCCAAUUCUCAGGUCAUUCACCGGUUCGAACUGGAAGACGUAGAUGAUAUCAAAGUCUAUACGCCAUACGAGGUCAGCAUCCGUCAGAGGUUUAUUGGGAAGCCAGACACCUCUUACAGGCUGUUAUCAGCAAAGAUGCCAGAAGCAAUCCCAGUCUUGGAAAUGCAGUUUAGCAAGAAAAUACAGUUUUUGGAAGAUGCAUUGGGAUUUUUCGGUGCAAGGAAAUCUCCUCAGGCAGAUCUGGGCAAUUCCAUUUGGCAAGCAGCCACUGGACGCAUAGCAAGCGUGGUGCAACCUGGAUCCUCAUUGGGAGAAGGCGGAGGCGGCCAGGCUCAGCUGCAAAAGCAAAAACAAAUUGUGUCUGAAUCAGAAACUCAGGAACUUAAACAGCAGAGAAACUGACCAUACACAGAGUGCUGUCAAGUACACAAAAUAAACAACCUGGAAAAGCAAAGGAAUAUAUCUUCACUAACUUACAUGUUACUUAUAUCUGUAAUGAACCCGAUAUUUUUAGACAGAUGUGACUUUCAAACCGAUUGUUCCCCUUUAAAAUAUUUUGUAAAGAAUAUAUUGGGGGUGUUCCUGGCGUUGUCCUUUUCCUGUCUCUCACUUGAAUGAUGCUUUUGUGGUUUUGUGAUAGCGUCGUAAAAUAGCCACUUAUUCUGUUUGUUCAUUCUUCUCUCACAUAAUGCCAGACUCAAAACCCCUUUUUAAUUAAUUUGGACUGAGUUUGCAAGUACGGAGCAUUAAUUUUAAAGAAGCUAAAAAUGAAAACCUUGCAAAAAAAAACCAUUAUAGUUAACAAAAAUCACUACUAGCAACCCAAGGAUGUCAGAGGUAAGAUUAGACUUAACAGAAACCCAGACAGUUGAAAAGUGGUCUUUGCAGGGAAACAGACUAGAGAUCUUUUUUAAAACCAAACAAAACCCUGAGAAAGUCCCACUAAUCAUUUCAGAGUUCACCAGAGCCCCUUUGGCCUCAAGGGGCCAUUCUGAUAUUCCUAAUACACCCAAGCAAGAUUUUCCAAAGUGUCUGAUUUUGAAGACUUCCAUUUUCAAGUACCCAAAUUGAGAGGCCUGGAUACUGAAUCUGAAAUACUGAGCACCUACUUUCUGAAAAUCUGGUCCCUGUAAAUUGCCUCAGGUUGCACCCCCAAUAAUUGAGGUGCCCAAAAUAACCCCACCUCCUUCCCUCACCCAAGGAUAAAUUCCAUAGUACACCUCUUUGGACAAAAAAAUGGGUCUUGUAAACUAUAUUUCACGACUUUAUGCAUUAAACUCAAUUGAAGUUUCUAGGACUGUCUGCUUUUGAGAGAAGGUGAGGGGAAAGGGGGAAAUGUAAAUUAGGACAAUGCAUUAUGGUCCUCCUGGGAUGGGAUGUGCUCUUCAUACUAGCCCAGCAAGAGCUGCACUGGGCCAGCUUAAUCAGCUAAUUAGCCUGCAAGCAGGGGAGCAUUAGGUUGAAGGCAGCUAAUUAGAAACAGGCUCACCUAUGUUGAAAUAGGCAGGCCUUGUAUAAAGCCAGGUAGGUGGCUGCAGUCCAGGGCUGGUGCUCUUGGGAAAGGCUGCAGUCACUCCUUGAGUGGAGGGAGUUGGAGUCUGGCAAACCCAGAGACGAGGAAAGCCAGAUGUGUAGGAAGAAGCCCAGGAAAACAGAAGCACGAGGUAGGACUGUAAAGGACUGUGGCUGCUUGUUAUAGGGUUCCUGGGCUGGAACUCAGUGUACAGGGUGGGCCUGGGUUCCCCCACCAGCCUCUAGGGAGUGGCAAGGGCAUUGGAGGCACUGGCCAGACAACAGGUCUUUAAAGACUAGGAAUUCCCCGGAAGGGGAGGACUUUAGUGACUUGACCUGAAGGCUAAGCCACAGCUAGGAAGCUGCAGAUCCGAGUUAGCAAGGCAGUAGAACGAGACAAGAUGGGAGAAGACAACACUGGCGGGAGAGCGCAAGCUGGCAUAGCUAAUCCGCAAGACGGCUAGCAAGAGGCACCACUUACGAUGAGUGGAUGCCAUCACAACCCCCAAAAUCAGUAUGCAAAUCAUUUAACUUUCGGACCAAAUGUGCAGUAAUUGAAAUGGAGUUGACCUUUUUUGAGGACUUUAAGGCUUAUGAAAAGCAAAGUCUGAAAUUUAUAAGUGCAGUUACUGCCUCUCUACAAUUCAACCUAGCACUUGUGCAACUCUUAUGCAUUCAGCUGGGUUACUUGUUUAUCUCUUAACCUGUCAGCAAUAUAACUACAGAACUAGAUUUUGCAGUUGUAACAGAAAGAGCAUAAAAACUAAAAUGUUAAAGGAAGGGCUGUUGACCACGAGCUGUGAGGGCUGUUGAAUAUGCCUACAUAUUUUGCAGCACCUCUUAGAAGAGGCUCUUGAGGAAUUCUUUAUUCCAAGGCCAAUUCAUGACAAAUACAUGGCCUAUUUCAAUGGCUGGAAACUCGUAUGGCACUCUGCAUCUGUGAGUAGUGAGUGUAGGCUGCUCCUUACUAAGACGUGAUCCUGACUGCUUCUCCCCCCAGCAGCUCAUGCUGAAGAAGAGCCACAUGUAUUUAUCUUGUCUGCAUUGAGGGCCUCAUCUUCAGUGCUGCUGAUCCCAGAAGUUCUCCGUGCACCAUAUCUGCUGUCUACUCCAGAACUCUGGAGCAGAGUCAGACAGCGCAACUGAGAAUCUAUGCAAACCUCAGCCUUCUUCCCUCUUGAGAUGGAAUGUGGUGGGAUAGAUUAGAAGGGAAGGAGGUAUGAGGAUGUGGAAGAAGAGAAUUGCUAGGAUUGCUUGAAGGGGCAGGUAUACAAAGUAUAUCUGUUUCUGUGGGGUGAACUUUAUUUUAGGGGCCAGGCACAGCACCUUCAUGGCGAUUCAGUACAAACCCUUCCAACUAUUGUUGAGGAUGGUUGGUGUUUCAAAGUGCUGCUCCUGGACCUUGCAGUCAUGGAGCAGGCAGUCAGGGUGUUAUAUAUCUGCUUCUAGCAUGCAGGUAUCUGGCAAACUUCUCAAUGGCCUGAAUAUCUCCAUUAGAUUUGUCCUGUACUCCAGGUUAUUACUGGGAGGCAGCAUUGACUAGUCAAUAGGAUGUAGGACUGGGAGUCAGGAGCCUUGGGUUAUGUUGACUGACUCUGUGACUUCGAGCAAAUGACUUCACUCACUGUGGCUCUGCUUCCCUCUCCGUAAAAUGAGAAGAAUGGUAGUUGAUCAUCUUUGUCAAACAUGUCAAGAUUUAAGGGCAAAACAAGCACUAAGUACAAAAUGUUAAUGUGUGCAGGGCAGUACUGUAAUUGUGGUGUCCACUAUUGUGAAAAUUGCUUCAUGGUAUUCUGACCCUUGUGCGCUGAGUACCAGUAUUUCCUGAAGAGUUUCUCUUGAAAAUUGAUUAUGCUCUUUAUUUUUGGAAUAUCUUUAGUUCUGGACUGGAACUGUGAGGGGCUUUGUAGAGCUCUUUGUGGAAUGAGUAAGACCAACAGACCGUCUUAGGGUCGGAGAGAUGCGAGGGGAAUGGAUAAUUAAUAGGGAAAUAUCUGAGCUACAGGGUAAGCCUGGGGAGAAACAUUCAUAGAUGAAGUUCUUUCACAAAGCUACUCGCAUUUCUAGCAGCAGCUCAGCAAACUGAAU